AUGUCCGAUUCGAUCUAUGCUUAUGCGAACCCUCGUUUGCCAGCCACCGUCGACGGCUCGUCUGGAGACCUGUCUGGUUCGUACAGCCCCACGCCAAAACGGCUGGCUUGCGAUGCCUGUCGUGAUCGCAAGAUCCGUUGCGACAAACAAAGACCGGUGUGUGGACGAUGCACAAAAGUAGGCAUCAACUGUCGAUACUCGUCGCGUGCAAAGCCUACACCUUCCAAAACGGAUUUGUCGAGGUUUCUCAUUACAUUAAAUAAUCGCUUAAAUCAAGCCGAGGCGCAGUUGGCCCUGGACCCCUUUUCGCAGAACCCUCCGUCGCUCCCUAUCCCUUGGGAUGACACGCAAAUUCAACAGCCGACAAAUGCACUAUCUAACAGAAGCUCUCCAGACCAGACGGAACUACACCAUGUGCGCAUUCAUGAUUUGGAUAACGAUCGGGGCUUAUCGAGCGAUAGCGUCCCCGAUUUAAACACCUCGAAUAACUGCUCUGGUCUUUCUGACUUCGAUUUUGCUACAUUCGCUGCUACUUUGUCCACCGACCAGGCCAUGAUGCAAGCCCUGGGCGAAGUGACUGACAAUGUCGAUCUUGACCUCAUGCAAUCAGAUAUACCACCUACACCUUCUAGCGACAGCGUGGCUAGCGCAUUAGACCCAUAUGCACAAGCACUGCACGAAAGGUUCUUCGAUGUCUUGCACCCAAGUCUUCCUAUAGUUGAUCGAGCCCGUUUUGACAGAGAGUUAUCCCAAACACCACCUUCAAUCGAGAUACAGGCCCUGUCAUACGCUAUUCAAACACUCGGUGCCUCAUCCUCGCCAGAAAGAUACGGCCAAGCGGAGACGAAUUAUCAGAAAGCGCGGAGCCUUUUAGAUGUCUGCGAGAGACAAGAAAGCGGCGAAUCUCUUACGAGCAUUAACACGCUGCAAGCCUGCACCCUUUUGACCCUCUAUGAGCUAAAACGUCCUAAUGUCGCCCGCGCUUGGAUUACUCUUCGACGUGCCAUUGGCCUAAGCAAAAUUAUGAGCCUUGAGCAGCCUGAAAAUUCAGCAAAACAGAGGAUUGACUGGAACUUGCCGACCCAGCUUCUUCCUCCUCCCGCCAACUCUAGUGAAGCCGAAGAAAGACGACGAACGUUCUGGAUACUUUAUAUACUCGACGCCUUCUCUAGUCUUCGUGUAAAUGCAAGCCCGGCAUUUGAUAAGCAGGUCCUGCUGCCUUUACCAAGUCCCAGCGACCAUGCACACUCGAGCUUAGCUCCCAUGCCAACCCUGCAGCAGGUUUUCAACAAUGAAGUCCCACUGGAAACGCCAAUCUCACCGUUCGUCGGUAAUACUAUCAUGAUAUUUCUUUAUAGGCAGUAUCUCGAUCAUACAAAACCCAGCUUGCAGGGUCAGGUAACCUAUGCCUUUUGGGAAACCCACUACCGAAUUGAUAAGGCCAUCAAGUUUUGCCGCACAAGCUUGCUUGCCCGUCAUCUAGGUGGUGAUAGCUCGCUCGAGCCUCUAUCACUGGUGUUCCGUAUGAACAUGGACGCAGUUGAAAUGUGUCUGCACGAGACGGCUUUAUUGAAGGCACGAGAGGAUGGAUUACCGGCCGCGUUGAUGGCAGAUUCUACAUCAAAAUGCAUGGCGGCUGCACAAGAUGUUGCCGACGCAUUGCUAGUCACAAGACAGCUAUGGGGGCAAAGGCUCGACGCCUUCCGACAACUAGACCAGUUUAUCGUGUGGCCCGUCACUAUAGCCAUCAAGAGAUGCCUUGAUCUGAUGAAGCAGGGCGAGCAAGAGGUCCACACUGACUACUAUGCCCGUGUACUGCGCGUUUUGAUCAGCGCUACUGGUGACCUUGGGCAGCCUGAUCUUAUUCCGCCCGCUCUUCUAGAAGAGGCCAGGAGAGCGUGUAAGCGCAUGAACAGCAUCUAG